UACCACGGGGCUGUGCUGGGGCUCAGCAUCGUCCAUGGUGAGUUUGGGGGCCCUGGGAAGGGAAGUCCCUGCACUGACUCGGCACCUUGUCCUUGCCACCCUCCUUGCCUAGUCAGUGGAUGCUGGGGCAGCACUCAGCACUUGGGGGGUUCAGGAGGUGGCUUUUGACCGAGUGCCUGUGUGGUGGCACUGGACACCGCUGCCUACAUGUGGUGUGGGGACUGGAGAACCCCACGGCUGCCAGGGGUUGGGAUAGGGCCCAGCACAGGACCCCUCCCUCCUCCCUGGAGACAAGAUGUGACCGGUGCUUGCUGGGGAUGCUGAGGGACCAAGGAACAAGGAGGGAAGGUCAGGCUUGUGGUGGAGAUGCAGAUGUGGCCUCAGGGUCCCUUGGUGGAGCCGGUCCAGUCCCAGCAGGGACAUUUGCCCUGCCCAGGGCGUUGCCUGCGGGCUGCGCAGGGGCCACGUCCUCGGUCCCCUGUUGAUGCUGGCAACAGGGAUGCUGCAGGCAGGGACCCUGGCCAGUGGGGUGAACUGUGGGAUCCCCCUGCCCACUGCCGGGUGCUGGCAGGGCUGGACCCUCCUCGCCACUGUCCCCCUUGGGCAGGCGCUGGCCUGGGGGGACAGGAAGCCCCGUAGGAAGUGACUUCAGCCCCGGUUCCUCGGCCUGGCUUCCUCCCCAUUCUUGUCCUUUCCCGCUGUUGCUCUUGGCAGGAGGAGUGUGCCCGUCCUCCGGCCCCAUUCCUGGCACGUGGCCAAACUUGCCGAAAGCCGCCCCGACGCCCCCACCAUGCACUGCCCCGCUGAUGCCUUCAGCCUCUCGUGGCCCUCAGGGUGUGAUGUCAGUGGAACCCGCUGUCCCGGCACUGCAGCACCGACCGGAGCAGCUCCAUCGGGAGCAUGGAGAGCCUGGACCACCCCGGCCAGGCCUACUAUGAAGGAGACCCCUCACCCGUUGACCAGGGCAUGUACCACAGCAAGCGGGACUCGGCCUAUAGCUCCUUCUCUGCCAGCUCCAUCGCCUCCGACUGCGCCCUCUCCCUCCGCCCUGAAGAGGCCGUGUCCACUGACUCCAGCUUUCAAGGCCCCUGCAAGGCCCCUGACGGCCGCUACCUGACCACAGGGGCUGAGCCAUCUGCCAGCCGGCACCCCGAGGCCUGGCGGGCGCCUGUGCCCCCCCAGCCCCCUGUGAGGAGGGACAGCCUGCGGGCAGCCCCGGGCAGCAGAGGGGACAGGCACCGGGCGUCAGUGUCAGCGGACAUGCUGCAUGCCAAGGGCCGGUGGAUCUCCGACACCUUCCUCUGCCAGCGGGAUGGGGAAGCGGAGGCGGUGGGCGGGAGGACGCUGGCACCGUACCCCACAAAGGACCGUCUCUCUGCUGACCAGUAUUACAUGCUGAGCUCCCACCCGGACCAGUGCCCAGCUGAGCCGCUCCUGGGGGAGAGCAUGGAGUCUGAUGACCGGCUGUACCUGGAUGGCAGCACGCACCGAGUGCUGGAUGCCACGACAGCAGGUGACAACCCGUUGCUGUCCCCCCUCAAGGGCCACGUGCCACACCGGCACAGUGCUCCCGAGCAGCUGCUGGCCUCCCAGCUCCGCUCCCUCCAGGUGGGCUCCAGCAGCGAGCGAGCCUCGCCAGCCCCCGAUGGGCACCGCUGGACCUUGUCCCCACUGCACCCCGAGGGCAGCCGGGGGGGAACCGCAGGGGCUACCCAGGACCCCCCGCUCUGCCCAGAGCCUUGCUGCCACUGCUGCCCCGAGCCUCAGCGAGCCUGCGGGCAGGACGGCCGGGGGACCAGCCCGGCGCUCAGCACCGAGGGGCCGGCGGAGGAGGAGAGCCGGGCAGGGGCCCGGCGGGCCGGGGGUCCUCCCCACCGCUCUGCUCAGAUGCGCCGCCGCAGCGACCGCUUCGCCACCAGCCUGCGCAACGAGAUCCAGCGGCGCAAGGCCCAGCUGCAGAAGAGCCGGGGUCCCGGUGCCCCCCCGCCUGGCGAGGAGCCGGUGGAGGAGACGGAGGAGCCCCCUGAGAGCAGCGUGCCGGCAGAGGGACCCCCCGCCCUGGCCGAGCGUCUCAGCCCUGCGCCGAGCGAGGACGGCAGGAACGCCGGCCGCGCGGGGGACCGGGGUAUCCCCACUCCUGACCCGCUGCCAGCCCCCAAAGGGCCCCCAUCCCCCGAGCGGGCGGUGCCAACAGCCAGGGGCCGCUGGCGCUGGUCCCCGGAGCGCAAGCUGCAGCCGCAGCGCUCGCCCAGCCCCGGUGAGCUGGAGGGCUACAGCCAGGGCCCGGUGGCCCGCAGCUCCCCACCGCGGGGCAGCGACGAGGCCGUCCUCCUGCCCUUUGCCGACCGCCGCCGGUUCUUUGAGGAGAGCAGCCGGCCGGCACCGCCCCAGCACAGCAAGCCCCCGGUGGGCGAUCCCGGUGCCUUCCAGCCCCAUGGCCCCGAGCACCGGGACGUCCGCCGCCUCUCCGUGGACCAGCCUUACAGCCCCCCGUCCCCCAGCCGCCCUGGCUCUGCCGGCCCCUACGCUGAGUGCUGCCGGGAGCAGCCCCCCUGCUACAAGCCGCUGGGGAGGCCGGGAGAGCUGGAUUAUGCGCGGGGCUUUUCCUACCCCUAUGGGGUUCCCCUGCGCCCCGAGCCCUGCCGCUACUGCGGAGGGGAUCCGUGCCCGCCGCCGCUGCCUCGCGGCCAUCCCUGCCGCUGCCACCCCCAGCCCUGGGUGCGCUGCCCCGACUGCUGCUGCCCGGCCCCCCGUCCUGGGCGAGAGGAGAGCGACGUGUGGCCCCCUCGGAGAGCUUUCGCCCCGGAAUUUCCUCAGGAUGAGUGGGAGCCACCUGCGAUAACCAGGAAAGUCAGCCAGUCUGUCAGUGAGCUCUCCCACUACCAAAUGGGCUUCCAAAGGCUCGGCCCCUUCCACACCUGCUUUGAGAGCGCCGAGCCGGAGUGGCCACCCUGCUACCGGGCCACAUCCACGCACGACCUCUCGUGGGAUAGCGACCGCCUGGCCCGCACGCCUGAGAGCCCCCCGGACCCGCUGCACCGCCCGCUGCGGGGCAGAGCCUUCUCCGAGAGCCACCUCAACCUGGAACCUGCCAGUCCCCGGGGCCGCGAACGGAAGGACCUCUUCCGUGCUAAGCUGGACCAACCCCGCAUCCCCAAAAAGAAGGGCCCCCCGCCUCCCCGCCCACCUCCCCCCAACUGGGAGAAGUACAGGCAGCGCCGGGCGUCCCAGCACCCGCCGGAUGGUGCUGGGCACGGCUCUGCCUUUGCCGCCCUGGUGCCGCCCCGCAGCAUUGCUGAUGUGGUGCGUGAGCGGUCCCAGAGCCUCACCGGGGAGCAGGGGGGCCGGUCCUGGGGGCAUGCUGCUCGCCCCCCUGCUCCACCAGGCGCCUGGCCCCGUCCCGAGCCCCCCGGAUCACUUCGCAGGACUCCUGGGCCCGAUGUUGGCAACGCCGAGAUUUGCAGGGUGGCAGGGGCUGGGGAGAAGCGGCCAAAGGCAAAGAAGCCCUGGGAGAUGGAGGAGCAGCCCCAAAGGCUCAUCCGGAACCAGGAGCGGGGCUGUGCUGGUCCCUGUGGGGUGGGUGAGUGCUCCCCACCCCUGCCUGGUGGCCCCAGCCCAGCUGUGCCAGAGGCACUCAAGCCCAGUCCCGGGGCAGCAGAGGGGGUGAGCUGCCAGGGCAGCCGGCCCCAGCCCCGCCGCGUGGACUCGGAGGAACUGCUGUGGAAUAUGGCAGUCAGGGACCACUCCCUGGCCAAUGUCCAUGCCCCUUUGGCCCCCUUUGGCACCACCACUGAGGUGAUUGGUGAGCUGCUGGUGGCGGGGGAGCGGCAGGCCUGGCGGGAGCGUCUCCAGCAGGACUGGCACCUGGAGGCCCUGGCACAGGACAGCACUGACCCCUGCCCCCCCAGGCAAGGCUUUGAGCCCAUCUCGCCACCCCCUGGGAGUGUUGCCAGCUCCAGCUCCUUCCCGGUGCACUACACUGCAGCAGCAGGCAAAGCUGAGCCGCUCAGCAAGGUGACAGCGCUGCCAGAGGUAGUGGAGGGGAGCUCAGAGGAUGAUGAUGAGGAGGAGGUGGACCAGGAGCUGGUCGAAAAGAAGCUGCAGCUGAUCGAGAGCCUGAGCCGCAAGCUGGCGGUGCUGCGGGAGGCACAGCGGGGGCUGCAGGAGGACAUCAGCGCCAACGGGGCGCUGGGCGACGACGUGUCUGCCCGCCUGCAAGCCCUCUGCACCCCAGGGGAGUUCGACAAGUACCGCCUCUUCGUGGGUGACCUGGACAAGGUGGUCAACCUCCUGCUCUCCCUCUCGGGGCGCCUGGCCCGGGUGGAGGCUGCCCUGGGCAGCCUGGGGCCACACGCCCCCGCCGAGGACAAGCUGGCCCUGCGGGAGAAGCGCCGGCUGCUGGUGGCGCAGCUGGAGGAUGCCAAGGAGCUGAAGGAGCACGUGGGGCGGCGGGAGGAGGCGGUGGGUGCCAUGGUGGCGCGGUACCUGCCCGCCGAGCACCUCCAGGACUACCAGCACUUCGUCAAGAUGAAGUCAGCCCUCAUUGCUGAGCAGCGGGAGCUGGAGGAGAAGAUCAAGCUGGGCCAGGAGCAGCUCCGGUGCCUGCGCGAGAGCCUUGGCCAGGCCUCCAAGGGCUGCUAACCCCAUACCCAGCCUCCCUCUGGGACCCUGGCUGUGGCCCCAGCUUGCUGCCAAAGCAGAUCCAGCCCCUCAUGGGCUCUCCCUAUGUCUGUCCAUCUGUCCAGCCCCUGCCUUUUAUUUAUUUCUCUGGUUUACCAAGCAGGGGAGGGGCUGCCAGUCCAGAUGCGGACAGGGGGUGUUGUGCCAAAGAGCUGUCAUGGACUCUGUGGCCAUCCAGCAUCCUGUGGCUCAGCAGGACCAAAUGGAUGGACACUGCCAUCACCCUCAGAGCUCUUUCUGUGCUGACGGGGGUCCUUCCACCUCGUCCUGGACACCAGUGCCUGUCCUGCAUUCGGUGCUGCACCAAGUGCCUUAAACACCCCCCAGCUGCCCUGGGGCGUAUCCAUGCAGUGCCUGAAAGGGUUAAAGCAUGCUUGCCCUCUGUCCUGUCUGUUUGUCCAGCUCUGUCCAUCUGUCCGGUGGGAGCUGAAGGAAUUUCAGCCCCGGCAUCCUCUUCCUCUCCAUUGUAUCUGAAACAAUGGCCCUGGCCAGCGGGUUCUUAACCCACUCCCCGCUGGCUGAGGCACCACGGGGGCCACAGUGGGUGCCAGUGGGUGCUGUGUACCCCUCUCCUGGGGAACACUGCAGUGGGUGCCCUGGGAUGGUGCCCUGCCAGGGCAUGGGGUUCUGGGACCAGUGGACUGUGGCCUGUGGCUACCCCCUGUCACCCACGCUGUGGGCAUGGGAACCAGCAGGUCUCAUCCAGCCCUCACCUGCAGCUUCUGGCCCAACACCAGGAGUGAUUAAUAGAGGAAAAAACACAUUAAGGACAAACCAGGGUACUUGUCCCCUCCUCUUUGCUGCAACAGCCCCAAAUAGCAGUUAUAUGUCAGCCCUCCACUGUCCAUCUGUCUCCAUAGGCUGGGCAGGUGCCUUGCUACUGAUUUUGCACAGGGGUUUCAUGCAACCAGCAGCAGCUUGGGGCAGGGGGUAAAGUGAUUUGAGAGGGCAGGGUGGGCUCUUUGGUGGCCUCGUAGCUGGACAGCCCAGUCCCAGGGUGCAGGCAGCACCCACACCUGCCCUCCUGCCCCUGCAGCAGCCCCCUUGUGUGGCUGCCCCUCAGUGUGGGCCCCCCUCAGCCUGUUCAACACUACACCCCACAGCUGCCCGGCUGUACCCUGGGAUGGUGCCUGGCAGGAGUGGGGUCACCGACAUUCCCUCCAUCUCAGCUGCCCCCAGGAUCAUUGCUAGGACCAAAGACUGCACCCACUGGGUGCCAUACUGCUCUCGGGGUGGGAAUCAGCAGCCCUCCCCAGGGCCCUCUGCUGGGGGAGCCGCUGGUGCCCGUGCAUUGCUGCGUGCCGUUGUGCCUCACACUAAAGCAGCAGCAGGAGCUGCACAUCUGUCCCA